CAGAAAGGGGGAGUGAGAGAGAAAGACUGUGAGAAAGAGAGAAAGAGAGAGACAGUGAGAGAAAGAGAGAGAGAGAGAGAGAUACUAACUUGUAGGAGGUCCUCAGUUGUCACUAUGUAAGUCUGUCGUCAACAACAUUAAUCUAUCACUGCAGCACCAUGUGAGAUUGUCUGACUACUGAACAUCUGAACAUCUGAACAGAAGACAAGAACCUUCUAAACAUCUAUGAGAUCAGAUCGAAGAAGUUAGGCUUCAGUCAUCAGACUCCAUCAGACAUGUUUGUGACUGUGAUACUUGGAGAGAAAAGAGCUGAGCUCCUCAACCUCAACUGCCGGAUUAUAAAUUUCAUCCAGUGUUUAAAAGAAAAAUGCAAACUGGAUCCACAAGUACAAGUGGACUUGCUGGACCGAACUGGUGAGCUGAUGCACUUGAUGGAGAUGGAGACGGAGCACAGCAUGGAUCCCGUCAGCACUUUACUGAAAGGCCGACAGAGCUACAUCGUGUUGAGCGUGUCUCGCGCUAAUGACAGCGAGGAGCUUCAGUAUUCUGCAGUGCAUGAUGGGGAUUUAAAAAAAAGUCAUCCAGAGCUAGAAGUGAUGUUGAGGAAGCUGUCAAAUCUUUCCAAAAAGCGAGACAAAAGGUCUGCGGUAAAGAAAGGAUCUGUCAGUCACAUCAAAACUAAAGGCACUUCCACCUCCACUAAGAGCGCUACUCCGGCACCCGAGAGCUAAAAGAAAGGAAACGCUUGAGCUCGAGAUAUUGCAGCUUUAAGAAGUCACACUCGCUGGCUGUGGCCUGGGGUACGCUGAGUGUCUCAUGCUGCCUGUCUACUACAUGCCACAACAGAACCUUAGGAGGAAAAUAUUUCUAUCCCGUUUUCCUUUAUUCCUUUCUGUUUUUGUCCUUCAAACAUAUUUCAAUUUGUCUGUUGUGUAUUUUUUUUAUACUGUUUUUUAUUCCCACUCCAUCCACACAUCCAGACCUGGACUCUGAGUCACUCAGACACACGGGUCAUGUUUAACAUCAUGUAAAAACCACAGCUUCUUACAGCAUCAUAUAAAAUACAAGAAUUGCAAAAGUCACUGUAAGAAACUGUGUGUUAAUUUAAUGGUAAUGAGCAUUUUAAGAAAAUAAAAGCACAUUAUAACACG